AUGAAUCGACCGAGCCCUUGGAUGUGUUCUAAGGACUUGGUUGGACCGUACUCAGUAUCCGUCAGUGGCAUUUCUGGUUCAUCUGUUUAUAGAUCGAGUCAGGGGUGUUACAAAUUGUGGUAUCAGAGCAUGGUUCAUGAUCAUGCGUCAGUGGGACUAGCAAUAGAAUCCGAUUGGGGGCCAUCAGAUGAUACAGAGACAGAGUUGGAGAGUGAGAGUGUUACUUUAUCACUUGAAGAUGAUGAGGAAGAAGAUGGUAACCACGAUCAGCCAAAAGCAGUAGAGUCAAGGCGUAUUUCUCCAGAGCAGAGAGAACGUGUGAACCAAGCGACAAAUCGAAUGAUGACAGUGAUGCAUGAUAUAUUGACUUACUUGAAGGACGAAAGGCAAGCAGCAACAAAUGGUAAAUCCGGAGGCUCGACAUUUCCAGACUUCCUGAAGAUCGUAACGAUGAUGAAGAAGCUUGGAUCAACACAUUAUGGUGGAGGAACAAACCCAUUUGAUGCUGAUAGUUGGUUGCAAAACAUGGAGAAAAACUUUGCAGCCACUCGGUGUCCUGAAGAUUUCAAGAAGGAUGUCGCAGCAAACUAUCUAGAGAAGGAUGCUGCGAGUUGGUGGUCAACUGUUGAAAACUACUACAACAAUCCAGGAGCGACAUGGCAAGAGUUUGAGAAGGAAUUUAUAAGGAAAUAUUUUCCACCGGAGGCAAGAGAUAGAUUGGAGGCUCAGUUCUUGAGAUUAGAACAAGGGAAGAGAAGCGUCAGAAACUACAAGGCAGAAUUCACAAGACUCAGGAGAUACGUUAGAUAUGGCCAAGGAGAUGAAGCUGCGAUAACAAGGAUAUUCAUGCAUGGGUUAAGACCAAAACUUUAG